AUGGCCGCCUCCACCAUGUCCGUCUGCUCCAGCGCUUGUACCAGGCCCUGGCAGGUGGACGACUGCCCAGAGAGCUGCUGCGAGCCCCCCUGCUGUGCCCCCAGCUGCUGCCAGCCCAGCUGCUGUGCCCUGGGCCCUGGCCUGGGCCUCAUCUGCACCCCAGUGAGCUGCGAGUCCAGCCCGUGCUGCCAGCCGGCUUGCUGCUCCUCGUCCUGCCAGCCGUCCUGCUGUGAGUCUCUCUGCUGCAAGCCUGUCUGCUGCAAGCCUGUCUGCUGCACCCCCAUCUGCUGCACCCCCAUCUGCUGCACACCUGUCUGCUCCGGGGCCUCCUCCUCCUGCUGCCAGCAGUCUGGCUGCCAGCCGGCUUGCUGCUCCUGCCCCCCCUGCCAACCAUCCUGCUGCGUGACUGUCUGCUGCAAGCCUGUCUGCUGCAAGCCCUCCUCCUCCGUGUCCCUGCUCUGCUGCCCCGCCUGCCCCCGCCCGGACUGCUGAGGCCUCUCCCUGGACCAGAAGUCCUGCUGCUGACUGGCUCAUCCCCCAGGGCCAGCGAUCUCAGGUCACCCCCAGGCCAGGCCUCUCAUGUACCCCUUAGCCUGGUCCUGACCUAGGUUACCAGGCUGUCCCCUCCCUGAGGACAGCCCCCUCCAUAUCCACUGUGCUGGCCUGACCUCUCCUCCCAGGUCCUCUGCUGUCACCUGCCCUGAAUCUCACUCUGUCACCACCUCUCAGCACCAA